UUUUUUUGGGCAAGAGUGUCAGUCCACCCUCUCACUCUCUCACUUUUCCUUUUCCUCUACUACUCAUCUGCCCACCACUCCCUUCUCAAUGGUGUCCUCAAGGACACCCUACGUCUGCCUCAAUUGCAGGCUGACAAGGCCAUUGACGCGACGCACCUUCUCCUCCGCCACCCAUCGCGCCGAAGCUCUACGUCCCGCGACCGCCCCGAAGCCAACCCCAGACGUCAAACACAUCCGCCAAAACGCCGAGCUCUACUCCAAGAACAGCGUCGACCGCAAUUACCCAUCUCACGCCGACUACCCAUUUCAAAUCCAAGCCCUCUCCGAAGAGGCCCGCCGCCUCGACCAAGACCUCAAGACCCCCCGCUCCCGAAUCAAACAACUAGAAAGAGCCAUCGGGAAGCUCGCAGCGUCCGCCCGCCAAGGAAAUGGCGAAAACAACUCUUCCCAGGAAGAGCUAACAGCCCUCCGAUCGGAGGCCCAGAAGCUGAAAGACGAGUCGCAAGAGAUGACCACGCGCAAGACAACCUGCACGGAAGAAAUCAACCGCCUAGCUCUCUCCCUGCCCAACUUAUCCUCCCCCGAAACCCCGGUCGGAAACGAUCCUAGACUCAUCGAAUACCUCAAUUUUGACCCCCAGUCGCCGCCCGAGUGGAUCGCUCGUCCGGACCCCAGCCGCUCCCAUGUCUCGAUCGGCACUGAGCUGGGCCUCAUCGAUUUCACCAGCUCUGCUACCACCACCGGCUGGGGAUGGUAUUUCCUCACCAACGAGGGCGCCCUGCUAGAGCAAGCGCUGAUCCAGUACGCGUUGAGCGUGGCCCGGAAACGCGGCUGGAAGCCCGUGUCGCCCCCAUCGAUCGUGUAUUCCUACAUCGCCGAAGCGUGCGGCUUCCAGCCUCGCGACCAACACAAUGAACAGCAGAUAUGGGCGAUCGAGCAGAGCGAGAAAGACAAGAGCAAGCCGCAGCGGUCACUGGCGGGUACUGCCGAGAUUCCUCUCGCGGCGAUGUACGCCGGGCGCGACAUCGACGCAGCGAAUCUUCCGCUCAAACUGGUCGGGCCGAGUCGGUGUUAUCGGGCUGAGGCGGGAUCCCGUGGUGUCGACACCAAGGGCUUAUACAGGGUGCAUGAGUUCACCAAGGUAGAGAUGUUCGGGUGGGCCGAUAAUGUUUCGUCGGAGUCUACUGAAGUCGGAGGGAAAGGCGUACCCACAUCGGACGAUCUCUUUAACGAGCUCCUCUCUAUCCAAACUGAGAUUCUGACGUCCCUCAAUCUCCCCUGUCGAGUCCUGGAAAUGCCCUCGACAGACCUGGGCGCCAGUGCGACCCGGAAACGCGACAUCGAGGUGCUCUUUCCUUCUCGCCUGCGCUCCGGGACUGAUCUUGAGUCUGCAUGGGGCGAGGUGACCUCCGCUUCGACCUGUACGGAUUAUCAGAGUCGUCGAUUGGGAACCCGGGUACGCGGGGGAGCUACUAAGGAUUCCCGAUUCCCGCAUACAGUCAAUGGCACCGCAAUGGCAGUUCCUAGGGUGUUGGCGGCUAUUCUGGAGCAUGGGUGGGAUGAGAAGCGGAAGGUUGUUGUGGUACCGGAGGUGUUGAGGAACUGGAUGGAUCUGGAGGUUGUUGGCGAGUCUUCUUAAUCUCGGACGUGUGGUGAUUGUACGUUUAUAUAAUAAGAUGUAUUGUACACUAUACCACUCAUGAAACUGAUAAUUCUGAUCCA